CCAAAUCCAUCCUGUUCCUCUUUCGACGCGGUUGCAAAGGGAAGCGGGUCGUAGAAGUGUGUCAGAUCAGGGUUGGGAUCUCCAAACGCUGUGGUGAUGACUCUGGAGUCCAUGAUGGCCUGUUGCAUGACUGAAGAGGCGAAGGAGUCCAAAAGAAUCAACGCCGAGAUCGACAAGCAGCUCCGGAGAGACAAACGAGAUGCGAGACGAGAGCUCAAACUCCUCUUACUGGGCACGGGUGAGAGCGGCAAGAGUACGUUCAUCAAACAGAUGCGGAUCAUUCACGGGACAGGCUACACUGAUGAGGACAAGCGCGGCUUCACCAAACUGGUCUACCAGAACAUCUUCACCUCCAUGCAGUCCAUGAUCCGUGCCACCGAGCACCUCAAGAUCCCGUUCAAAUACGAAGACAACAAGAACAACGCUCUGCUGAUGCGAGAGGUCGACGUGGAGAAGGUUUGCUCCUUCGACCAGCCCUAUGUCAGUGCAAUAAAGAUGCUCUGGGCGGAUCCAGGCAUCCAGGAAGCCUACGACCGCAGGCGAGAGUACCAGCUCUCUGACUCCACUAAAUACUAUCUAAGUGAUUUGGACCGUAUCGCAGACCCGUCGUAUCUGCCGACUCAGCAAGACGUGCUUAGGGUUCGCAUCCCUACCACAGGGAUUAUUGAAUAUCCCUUCGACUUGCAAAGCAUCAUUUUCAGGAUGGUGGAUGUGGGAGGGCAAAGAUCAGAGCGCAGGAAGUGGAUCCACUGCUUUGAGAACGUCACGUCUAUCAUGUUCCUGGUUGCCUUGAGCGAAUAUGACCAGGUCCUUGUGGAAUCUGAUAAUGAGAAUCGCAUGGAGGAAAGCAAAGCGCUGUUUCGCACAAUCAUCACCUACCCCUGGUUCCAGAACUCUUCAGUCAUUCUGUUCCUGAACAAGAAGGAUCUUCUGGAGGAGAAGAUCAUGUACUCUCACCUGGUGGACUAUUUCCCUGAAUUUGAUGGUCCGCAGAGGGACGCCCAGGCGGGCCGCGAGUUCAUCCUGAAGAUGUUUGUGGACCUGAACCCAGACAGUGACAAGAUCAUCUACUCGCACUUCACCUGCGCCACAGACACCGAAAACAUCCGCUUCGUCUUCGCGGCAGUCAAGGACACCAUCCUGCAGCACAACCUCAAAGAGUACAACUUAGUGUGAGAGAGAGACCAAACGAGAGCGAGACACCUGCAGCCCACACAUGGCCAAAAGCACUACACACCUCACACGCAGAAACACAUGCACGUGAACCGUUCGGACACACCUUCACACCCAUUAGGCACUGGAUCUUCUCAUAGUCCUUUUCUUUGCCUGUUUUUUCCUCUCUUCCUGAGUGUCGACCCCUCCAGCUGAUAGCUUUAUCGUCCAAUCUUCCUCAAACACGAAGGCUGGGCUGUUAAACCGGUGCCUAAUGACGAAGAGCAUUCGUUUGCUCUGUAGAUGGGCUGUAGGUGGGCUCUACCUGAUUGAAACUGAGGUACGAAUUUAAUGGAAACACUCUGUGGAGACGCAACACGUCCGAAACGAAGAGUGGGCGACAUUCUUGAAGGACUUCACCUUGCAUCACUGAAUUUAACGAGGUGUUAGUUGUGCAAUCACAUGCUAUAACAUUAGAGGUGGAGGUGAUUUGAUUUAAUAUUAUUUUAGGAGUGAAGUAUAGAGAUUUCCCCAUCACUACUGGAGUACUUGGAAAGAGAUGGUGCACCAUGUGACUUUUUUCGUAAUAUGUGACCGAUAAAAUGAGUAAUGAAAGCCACCAGUUUUUUUUUGUUUUUUUUCAAACGUUCAGUUCCCAAAAUUGUUUCUAAAAACACCCAGUUCACUUCUGUAUCCACUAAAAUUAUCAUUCAGGCGGCGAACUGUUUCCUCCAGUCUGAUGUUUGCCAGUAUUGGGUUUUUAAUCAGUAUAAUUAAAGAGAUACAACUAGUAUUCAAAGAUAAUUACCGAAAGAUUGUGCUUUGUUUACAUGCUUCGUUACAUCAGUUUUGAAUCUUUGACCGAAGGAAUCAAAUAAACGCCUUUCCUAUGAGAUAUGAAUAUCCAGUGAUGUAAAUGUUCGUAAACUCACUUGGAACUCAGCGCAAAAAUGCUAUAUGGUGAAAUCGAUUUAGUUUUUUUAUUUAUGUAAUUUAUGGACCAGAUAUGUAAUUAGUCGGACUCACUUUUCCAUCGGAACUGAGUCUCUACUGCUGUAAAAAAAAAAAUCCAUUGGCAAGUGAUCUUUUCUUUUUGGUAUUUUGUAAAUCGAUUGUCGCCGUGCUGUUCUUUUUUUUUUUUUUGCCGAAUAUUUUAAAUGCUUGAAAAUGGGAAGUUGAAUUUUCAUUUCAUCAACGUCGCUUUAUGCAAAUAGGAAAUUGAGAAUUUUAUCAGUGGUUGAAUUCUUAACUGGUCUCUGCUUGCGUUGUUUUUUGAGAGUUCGCUCUCGGUUUCGUAGUACCAUAUCUUAGUUCUCGCUUGAUUUAGCUUUUUGGAUUCCAUAGCCCUG